GAUAUCAUACAGGACAUUGCGAAGCAGAUGACACUCGACGAGCACUGGUAGCCUUUGUAUAGUGAAUGUAUCGCAUAUCAUGCAUCGUCGGGCUUCCGAUCGACGCGUUGCAUUCUCUCCAGCCCUGGAGACUCCACACAUCCAUCAACCUUCAUGGCCACAGCAGGCGACAUCGCAGGAGCGAUCAUCACCGGUCUCGUCUUUUUCGGCAUCCUCAUUGCGGUCUACAUCGCGACCACAAAGAGCAAAGAGGCCUUGGCUGCUACGAAGAAAGACCUCAAGGCAAAGGGGUAUGACGUACACAGCAACACGCUCGCCGUCAGGACAGACAAGCGAGCCCUCACGAAAGAGGAAACUCAAGAUGCUAUGCAAGCGGGCAUGAUGAAAGGCUGGAAGGCAUCCACUUUCAAUGUGCCUGGCAUCAUGCAGCCCGUGUUGGGAGGCACAGCACACGAUAAGAACAAGGCAGAAUAUGACGCCAAGCACGCCAAGAAGAGCAGGUGAUAUGCUCACACGACAUUACAUCACUUUACCCUCGUUUCCUUAUUCGCACUGUU